UGUAGUUCCGGUAACUUCAACUUCAAGGUGUUGACUCAAACUUCUUGUUUUCUCAACGAAAUGCCGAAAGGUUUGUGUUGCAUUUGGAGUAUGUCUACUCUUGAACAAGAGCCCAAGCCUCCAAAUUAGAGCCUCUCAGGACACUCACUUCAAGUCAGCCAGCAGACUGCCUUCUUUUGUGUGGUGGUCUCCAAUCCAAGUCAGCCAGCUGUUCAGGCUGUCGGCUGACAAACUGUUUUCAUCUUAAGUAUAAACCAUUCUGUUCCCAUCAGACCCAAAAAAGUCCUCUUCAGGCAUUGAUCUUGCAAACAUCAUGUCCCAUCAUCUGUAUAACACCCAUGCCUUUGGGAACCAAAGGUCCACCUGGGAACAGUGCAAAUUGUUGAGCCCAGAAGUUGACGAGGACCCCCAAAGACCACCCUAUUUCACAGAACCUAAUUCUCGCCUUGGCUUUUGUAGAGAUUCUGUAAAGAGUUCAGUCACUCGGAAAAUGCUUCCAUCAUUUCCACCUCACUCGGUGUCCUACAGGCCUGAACGAAGUAGGUCUACAUUUGACCAGGUCACAGAGGGAGACAUAGACCUGUGUGUGAACAGACAAAGAGAGGAGAUGAAUGUACAGCCAAGGGGCCAGGAUGUUAACAUAAGCAGCAGUCACAGGGAAGUGGGGAAGAUCUACACAAUGGCUUCAGACUCCUCACCUGCCAGACAUUUGGAUAGAUACCCAGAUGCAGAAAGCAGCAGUAGCUCCUUGGCUUGGUUAGAGGACAUCAAACAGGCUACUGCUAAUUGCUUGACAUUGGUUUCAUCGUCAGAGUCAUCAAAAUAUGCAGGCGAUACUGACAAAAUGAAAGUGUGCAGUGAAAAAGAAAGCCAUAUUUCCCAUUCAUGGCAGCAAAAUCAUUUCUUUGCAGAUGAGCAGUCAACUCCUUUCAAGAUCAGACAGUCUAGAUAUAACUCUGAAAUUGCUUCCAAAAUCCUUCUUAAUUUUGGACUUGAAAAAGAAGACUUGGAAUACUUUGUUGCAUUUCCUGAAGAUCAGAUCACUCCUGACAACCUUCCUUUUAUCUUGCAUUACAUCAGUGUUGAGAAGGCCAAGAGGAAUACUCAUACAGUUGAGUCAAAAACAUUUGAAGAGUCUAAAAUUGAUCAGCGAACUGAAGGGGUAGAUUAUGGACAUUCUAAUAAAUAUGCUGAUCGUCUUGUGGAUGAGACUCUAAAGACCACUUACACUAGAUCUCCCAGUGGUACUAGUAUGGCGAUGAUGGAUGCAUCUGGUUGUACCAACAGGAACAAACUCAUGGUAGAUAAUGUGACUAUUCCCAACAUUUCUUCCAGUUCUAAGUUGCCCUCUCUGCCUCCACCAAGUCAUAAGUUACUCAGUCGUUUUGGCGCCCAACCACUCCAAACUUCCCAGAUUAUCCCAGGCUCCAUCACUUUACCAAAGAAAAACACAGGAGGCAGAGUUCACUCAUCUGAAGCAUUAAGACCAUCCUUCGACUUCGUGUAUCCUGGUAGCCAGCCAAGGCAACAUAACUUCAUGAUGUCUGACAGUAAUUGUGUCAAGGACAUUAAAAAUCAGGGUCAUACUCAAGCAAAAGGGUCAAGACUUCCUCAGCAGAAGAAAGUUCAAAAGACUCAGACGCUGGAGAUGGUACAGAUGGGGCACACAAUUGAGCGUCCAUUUUUGUCCGCCAGGAAACCUGUCUCAUCUGCGUCUGCACAACAACCCAUUCCGCUGGAUAUUGUGACACCUUCCAUCGAGGUGCCAAAGCCUGGCGUCAAGCGAAUCUCGACAAGCACCAUGUCGAGUGCCGAUCCUGUCGUCGGACCCAAACAAGAUCCACAGAGGUGUUCGUUGUGUAAAAUAGACAGUGUUAAUCUGAAGGAUUGGCUCACCCACCUGACAUCCAGUGUUCACCAAGAGAACUGCAGACUUUUCCAGGAAGCUCCUGCAAAAAGUAAUGACCGAACCUCAAGCAUAAGCCUGGCGCAGAUUUCCAGGGAAGGCUACAGACGGGAUGGAAAUGACAACGCAUCUCUUUCCCACUCUGCGAACCAGCUUCAUCUCCGUGGUGAUGGAAUCAAGAAUCACAGCAACCGAUCACCGCAGACCUCCAGAUAUAAUUACAGGUCCCGAUCGCGAUCUCACUCUCCAAGGAAUGACUCUCCCCACUGCGAUCUCUCAUGUUCAAGGAGCGAAAAGAGACUACCUGGAGAAUCGCAGUCAAGGAGCCGUGAGAGACUAUCUGGAGAAUUGCAUUCUUGGAACCAAGAGAGACCAUCUGGAGAAUUGCAUUCUUGGAACCAAGAGAGACCAUCUGGAGAAUUGCGUUCUUGGAACCAAGAGAGACCAUCUGGAGAAUCACGUUCAAGGAACCAAAAGAGAUUAUCUGGAGAAUCACGUUCAAGGAGCCGUGAGAGACCAUCACAGAGCUUGUGCUCGAGGAGUUACGAGAGUUCUUCGCAAAGAGGUUUUGACAGCAAGUUCCCACAAUCACUGUCAAGGAGUUCUGAGAAAUACUCACAUUCAAGGAGCAAGGAGAGUCAAUCUUCUCAAGGGAGGAGUCAGGUGAAACCUUUGUCUCAGAUCAAGUUGUCCAACCAGCAGAAGAAACUGAGCAGUGCUGACAGACUUUCUCAGAAACUACAGAAUACAUCAGCAAAGAAAUGGCAGACAACUGUGCCAUCCUCAAAAAAGAAGCUGGUCAUGAAUGAGACCAAGAAAAGCAGCUCGUCAAAAACUGAGUGCACAGAAAAUACUCCAUCGGUUCAAACUGAAGCUCAGGACCCACACACCUCUAAAGAAUCAGCAAAGCCUGUCAAAGCUUCACCAAAGAUCCCUCAAAAGAAGGAAGAAGGAAGCCCCACUGAAGCUGCUGUGGAAUCAAAUAAAAGUGUUUUACUUGCUAAGAUGAAGCCCUCCUCAUCACUUGGCUCCUCCUCUGCUACAGCAAAGAAACAGCAGACAACUGCUCCAUCCUCAGAAAAGAAGCUGGUCAUGAAUGAGACCAAGAAAAACAGCUCGUCAAAAACUGAGUGCACAGAAAAUACUCCAUCGGUUCAAACUGAAGCUCAGGACCCACACACCUCUAAAGAAUCAGCAAAGCCUGUCAAAGCUUCACCAAAGGUCCCUCAAAAGAAGGAAGAAGGAAGCCCCACUAAAGCUGCUGUGGAAUCAAAUAAAAGAGUUUUACUGGCUAAGAUGAAGCCCUCCUCAUCACCUGGCUCCUCCUCUUCUACAGCAAAGAAACAGCAGACAACUGCACUAUCCUCAGAAAAGAAGCUGGUCAUAAAUGAGACCAAGAAAAACAGCUCAUCAAAAACUGAGUGCACAGAAAAUACUCCUUCUGUUCCAACUGAAGCUCCAGACCCACAAACCUCCAAAGAAUCAGCAAAUCCUGUCAAAGCUUCAGGAAAGGUCCCUCAAAAGAAGGAAGAAGGAAGCCCCGCUCCAGCUGCUGUGGAAUCAAACAAAAAAGCUCUGCCUCCAGUAUUACUGGCUAAGAUUAAGCCCUCCUCAUCACCUGGAUCCUCAUCUUCUACAGCAAGCAAAAAGGAGACAACUGUACAGUCUUCAAACAAGAAAGCUGUGAUGAAUGAUACGAAGAAAAGCAACUUGCCAAAGACUGAGCCUCACCCCCACUUCCAGUGCACAGGAAAUACUCCAUCUGCUCAAACCACAGCUAGUGCACGAACAAGAAGAAGAAGAAACAAAAGAGAAAGACAACGCAAGAGAGCUUUAGUUCUACAAAUGAAUCAACCAAAACUCACAAAAGCCGCUGUGAGUAAAAAUCAAAAAGGUUCUGUGAAGGCAGAGCAGAUGAAAGUGAAUGCCACAUGUGGCGAAAAAAGUAAAAUUAGAAGUCUGCUCUCCAUCGUUUUUGAACCAGCUGUGAAAAAUUUUCAGUCGUCUGCAGCAGCGGGUUUAUGCAAUGUCAACACUUCAUUGAAAUUUUCCAGUGUGAAAGGAAAUGUGGCAUGUGUAACCGGACUACCUAAAUACUAUGAGGGCUGCUACACAGAGGAGGACGUUGCCACCAUCCUGAAGCCUUUUGGAUUUGAGCACAAACACAAUACCAUCUAUGUCUUACCUCAGUCCUCCAUGGCUUUUUUCGUGAUGCCAUCUUCCUGUGAAAUGAACAAUCUGAUCACUUCUAUCAAGAAGUGCGCUCUACUUUUCAAAGGGUCUCAACUUGCCUUGAAACCUGUGAACCACGCUGUGAACUUGCCACCGUUGCAGUUUUAUAAGAUGAUGAUGGAGAUGAACGCAUAUCCUCUGGCUGACAGCAAUGAGAGCAUUGUGUACGUGAGGGACAUUUCCCCAAGUGAAAUCAAGCACCUCACUGAAGCUUUGCAAAGUAUUGGUUCUGUUGUCAACCUCUUGCCACUUCUGAAUAAGGUGUUUAUCCAGUUUCAAAGUCCUGAAGAUGCUGAUCGUAUAGGUGUUUGGGCCAACCUCCUAAAGACCACCCCCAGCUACAAAAUCACCAGGCUGAAAAUACCAGACACCUCAGAUUCAGUCACUUGCCCAGUAUCUGCAGACAAAGCUCUUCCGAAUGCCGCUGAAGCUGCUUGUGGAGCAACUGUCCCACAAAGAGUAACGUUUCUUCCGCCUGGUACCGUUUCUCCGUUUUGGAUCACUCUCCGAGCGAGUCCCUACAUAUUCCCUACGGUGUCGCCUUGGUUCAUCAUUCCAAGGGUCUGGCCAAUCAAUGCAGCAGGUGACAUUAAGGGAGUUCUUUGCCGUACAAAGUGUCAUGACAGGAGGAGCAACCUCCGUACGGUCAUGAUCACCGGGUUACCAGAAGAAAACUACACACACAAAGACUUCGCCAAGUUGUUUUGGCUGUAUUUUAGCAAACGGACUCUUCGCACUUUGUACUACAAUGUGAUUGUGCUCGCCCUGCAGAGGAGGGCCUUUCUUCAUUUCCAUGGCUGGUCUGAGUGCCUGAGAUUUCUCUGGGCUCACGUUACCUGCCCACAAUGUUUCCACUUCAUGAAACUCGGGGUCCACCUAAUCUUACAGCCCAUGAGUCCCUGUUCCAGUGAGGAAAUGAUGUAUCAGUCUAUGAUGAAAUUGUCCAGCCUUCCAUUGUCAAACCCAGAUACCCUGGAGGAGCGUUUGUUGUGUGUGGAGAUCUCAGAGAUGACACUAGACACAGUCAUAUAUGUCAUGAAAGUUGUGGGAUCCAUUGCACCAGUCGCCAGCUUUAUACCGUUGGCCAACAGGAUCUGCAUUGAGAUGGCUGAUUCCCGCAGCGUGUCUCAGGUGUUGAUUCGAACCAGAUCACAUGAACCUCCACCUCCCAUGACCUCACACUGGAGUAAGGUUGGCUCUUUUGUAACUAUGAAGGGCUUAAAACGGCACUUUGAAAGGUACAGUGGAGUCAGAAUCCAACUUCACAACUUACCAACCAUUCAGGAAGAUGAGAACUAUGAAUCGCAACAACGUGAAGAUGUGGAGAAAACCACAGUGGACGCAAAAAAUUCUGAUGAAAAGCCAACAGGAGAUGAAGCUGAAAAUGUCAAAGUCUCCUGUUCACUUGAUGACCCAACAGGUGAACAGAUGGGUGACAACGUGCAACAAACAGGACCUCAAAACAGCACAAUGUCACAUGAGGAAUCCCAUCAGAUCUCAGACAGCGUCACUGAAAAAGCCAAAAGUGACCUGAAAGGUGACGAUAAAACGGAGCUUAGACCUUCUUCACACGUGCCAGAUCUCGUAACUAAAGACCAAGUAAGUAUCAUCAAGAAAGGUGGUGACUUGGUUAAAGACGAUGAAAUCACAGGAAAGGCACUUUCUGAGAAAAAAGAAGUUGAUAAAUCUGACAUUAAUUCCACAACUGAAGAAACAAACAAGUCUGAGGAUACAACAGAAGAACAGUCCUCACAAGAUCCUGUUACUGAAGACCAAAUAACUAUCAGUCAGAAACACAGUAACCCUGUUAAAGACAACAAAGUUACAUCUGAAGAAACAAACAAGUCUGAGGAUACAACAGAAGAACAGUUGUCACAAGAUCCGGUUACUGAAGACCAAAUAACUAUCAGUCAGAAAGACAGUAACCUGGUUAAAGAUGAUCAAGUUACAUCUGGAGAAACAAACAAGUCUGAGGAUACAACAGAAGAACAGUCAUCACAAGAUCCGGUUACUGAAGACCAAAUAAUUAUCACUCAAAAAGACAGUAACCUGGUUAAAGAUGACAAAGUUACAUCUGGAGAAACAAACAAGUCUGAGGAUACAACAGAAGAAUUGAAGAAAAGAAGAACUGAAGAAAAAAUAAUUAUUGGACAAAAAGAUGGUAACCUGGUUAAAGAAGAUCAAGUUACAUCUAAAGAAACAGAGUGUGAGGAUACAACAAAAGACAUAAGUUACCAUCAAGAAGUUCCAAAUGAAGAUGGGCAAAAGAGAAAAAGUACCAAGAAAGGUGGAGCAACUCUCAGAAGUGAGGAUGCACCAGAGAAGAGGAACAUCCCCGCGACCAGAGCAGCAUCCAGAAGUGAAGGCAAGUCACCAACCAAACAGGAGAGCGUAAUUAAGAAGUAUGCAACACGUCGAAAUAAGGACACCACUGGUGGAGCUCCAACAACUGACACAGAGCUUAUCAACGUCAGUGAGCAUACUGUGCCGCCUCCAGAUGAAGAUGAACCAGUUCCAGAUACUGUCACCGUAGAAGGUCCUGCAAGAAGGAGAAGUGCAAGAAGAAACAAAGAGGAAAAAUUGACUUUGACUCUCACAGAAGCUUCUAAUAAAAGAGACGGUAAUAAAGAAGGAACGUGUCAGACUGUAGAAUCCAUGAAUGUUCCAACUCGCAAAACUCGAUCUGGCCGUGGACGAACAGAAACGACAGCUAAGACAGAUGCUUCAACUGAGAACGUAAAAACAGUUCAAGAGGACACUCCAACAACAACAGUACACACUGCCAGUGACUCACAGGAAAGAAAUGAAGCAACACCAAAGGAAGGCAAUGAAGUAACUCAGCAAGUCACAGAAACAAAUAGUGACGUCAACGUACCUGAGAUGAUAAAGGACCAAGGUCCUGCUCAAAUAUCAGACUGUUUGGAGGAUGAAGGAGUCAAAGAUGAUCCACCUGCCCCACGACGCAGGAGAGGAAUACCCAAGAAAAAUGUUAAAGUGAGUAAAACUGACCAGACAAAAUCUAAUAAUGGCAGUGAUCCACCUGAAAAUGUUCAAUUUUUGGAGUCUGUCGAGCCCCAGACAGCAAGUGAUGUGACUCCUACCGAUGAGAGAAAAGACGACGUGAGUCCAAACUGUGGUGAGCUAACAAAGAUCAGUGACUCCAUCACAGGACCACCCAAAAAUAAAGAGGACGAGGUGGAGACAGUGUGUCAGAUUGACAAAUCCAUAGAAGACUAUGACAAUCACAAAGAGCUCGCAAUGACAGAAGAGUCUGACAAAACAAAGAAUGAAAUUCUUAAAAAUGACCUAGAGCAAUUAAACACCAGUGAAUCAAUCUCAGGAUCACCCAAAAAUAAAGAACAGGAGGAGUCAGUGUGUCAGACUGAGAGUUCCGUACAAGACGAUCAUAAAGUCUUUGCCGUGACAGAAGAGUCUGAUGGGGGGAGGACGACAGAACAGUCAAAAGUUAGGGUUAGCCCUAACCCACCAACCGAAAGAGUCCGGCUUUUGGUCACUGAGGAGGAACGGCCACUGCAAACUACACUGGAGCCCCGUCCACUAAACCAGACGGACAGUUUGGUGGGCUCCUCCCACCCAGAGAUGUUCAUAACUUUAAAUGAAGUAACAUCUGAGGCGGACAAUGAAGCUGGAAAACUCAAACACAAGGAUGACUACAUGGAUGAGGGUGUGAACUUUGCUGAGGAGGCUCCAUUGGCAGAGGAGAAGAAGGAAGUGAAGAUCAGAGCAAAAGGAAGAACCAAGAAGAGAACCAGACUGACUCCUGCUGUGUGUAAACAGGAGGGUUCUGAACCUGACGCAAAGCGACCUCGUUCCCAGUCUUCAUGCGUCUCCGCUGAGCCAUUCAAACCCGGCACUCUGUUUGGCGAGGAGUUCCUCGUUCCUACAUUAGGGCUUUUCUGCAACAUCUGCUCUGUUUUCUGCAUGAAUGAGAGCACGGCCAGUCAAAGCCACUGCAGCAGCCAGAUGCACUACGACAACCUGCAGAAACAUUACCAGAACCUUCAACAGACUGUACCAAAACCUUAGAGUUCUGAUUAACAAUCGGCUUGGACUCGUAUCUUUUUUGGAGUAUGAGUUCUGUGUUGUUAUAAAAGUUUAAAAAAAAAAAUUGAUUAAAAAACAAUGACUGUAAAUUAUUUGCACUGUACAAUGACUGCGAUAUUUUUGAUGUUUUGUUCUUGCAGAAAUAAAAUUUUAAAACCCUGCA